AUGCCUCGCGGUCUAGCUGCUCCACGGCCUAACACUGCCCAGCCAUCGCUGGACUCACCGCGGUUGACACGGCCUCUACUGCAGACUCAAAGGAAAGACCUCCAGCGCGGCUUUGACGAGCUAACCCGUGAUCUCGGGAUCAUGGACAGAUGGGAAUCCUACAAGAAGGCAGUGACGGAUAAACUCUCACAGAAACGACGCCCCGUCCGCGACCCAGCACGGCCGCAUGAUCUGGAAUGUAUCGGUCUUUCCUACAACCCGAUUGCCAACCCCAAUAAAUACAACCUGAGAGGAUACUUCACAUUAUCAUCACUAAAACAUACUCCUUGGAUAAAUGGCGGAAUAUCUAAGUUUAUGCCACGCCUCGUCUACAGCAACCACCUUCGCAGCCGCAGACUGUUCCUCAAUGUCUUGACCUCAACCUUGAUGGGUGGAGAUACUGGCGGGAGCUGUACUCUUCAAUACCCUAAGCUUCCCCCGAGAGCCACGGGCGUCAAGUUCACAACGUGGAAUACGAGUCUCGAUCGAUUCAUUGACAUGACUAGCUCGGGUACCGGUCCAGAUACUAGUACCAACUCAGCCGGCCAAGCCUGGAUGCAUAUCACAUCUCAAGAAUACGAUGCCAAACACAAAACCAAUGCAAGUCAUGAAGAAAAACACCAAAGGGCUGCCGAUGAGGACGAGGACGAGGAUGACGAUAUCUGCGACCGUCCUUCUGUCGCCACCCUCUCCAAAAGCAACACAAGCCGCCACAAUCUCGCCACCCGCGAACAGACCCGAGCAGCUCUGGGCGACGAAGCAGCCGACCCAUGCACGUCACACAGUGACCGCACGCUCAAGAAUGAUGACUUGGGCAAGCUCUCCAACCUCAUCCCUCAAGGCGUCAACCUUCGCUUUGAGCUCGACAACCCCAGUACCGAUCCCAUGGAAGCGGUUAAAGAGGAACGGCGGAAGGAGGGCAAACUGGCCCCCCGAUCGACCUACAGGUGCAGAUAUUGCGGCGGAUGA